AUGGUUAUCAACAGCUCUGGUGCCGAGACGUACACUAACGGUACCAAUGGCCUUCAUGGAACUGCGAUUCCGGAUGAAGUCGACACAGUUGGUGGUCUUAGUGGCAUCCAUGAGAUCGAGGGUACCGGUAUCAAUGUGCCUCAGGCCUCACUACAAGAACCAAUUGCGGUGAUUGGAAUGGCAUGCAGGCUCCCAGAUCAAUGUCAUUCUCCGGAGGCAUUUUGGCGAUUUAUCGAAAAGGGCAAGAUUGCAAAAAAUCGACCCCCUUCCUCGAGGUUCAACUUAGAUACCCAUUACGAUGGAUCCCUCAAAAACAAGACCAUGGCGUCUCCCGGAGGAAUGUUCCUCCAAGGCAUCGAUGUUCAGGAUAUCGACGCGCAGUUCUUUAAGCUCUCUCGACUCGAGGCAUUGUCGAUGGAUCCGCAACAGCGACAACUUCUGGAAGUUGUCUAUGAAGGUCUCGAAAAUUCAGGUAUCACACUUGAGCACCUGGAUAACUCUCCUGUCGGAUGCUUUGUUGGGUCUUUCGCCUGCGACUAUGGAGACAUGCAAGCCCGAGACCCCGAGGACAGAGCUGCUGCGACCACAGUUGGCAUUGGACGUGCAAUGCUUAGCAACCGCAUCAGUCACUUCUUGAACAUUAAGGGUCCUAGUAUGACUAUAGACACUGCCUGCUCUGGUAGCUUGACCGGUGUCGAUGUCGCGAGUCGCUACCUUCAGACCCGCGAAAUCAAAGGUGCCAUUGUUGCCGGUGCCAAUAUUUACCUCAGCCCUGAACAUGUCAUGGACCACCAUUUUGGUGCUAAUGGCACUGCUUCCCUCACAGGGAAAUGUCACACCUUUGAUGCCAAGGCAGAUGGCUAUAUCAAAGCCGAGGCUGUCAAUAUGGUUUAUCUCAAACGUCUGGACGACGCUAUCCAUGAUGGCGACCCUAUUCGUGCCAUUCUACGCGGCACUGCGACUGGAAGUGAUGGCUGGACGGCCGGUAUUGCCAGUCCAAAUUCACAGGCCCAAGCAAGCGCAAUUCGACAGGCGUACGCAAAUGCAGGAAUCUCCGACCUUUCACAGACCAGCUAUGUGGAAUGCCACGGGACUGGAACCAAAGCUGGUGAUGUGAUCGAAGUGAACGGUAUUGCCUCUGUAUUUGGCAAAGACCGAACACCAGAAAAUCCUUUGCGAAUUGGAUCUGUCAAAAGUAACAUUGGUCAUUCGGAGCCUGCAGCUGGAAUUUCAGGCUUGUUGAAAGCCAUUCUGGCCCUGGAGAGGGGCAUCAUUCCUGGAAAUCCGACAUUUGAAAUUCCAAACCCCAAUCUCGACUUCGAAAGCCUUUGCCUUCGCCCAUCCAAGGCCACGACAAAAUGGCCCUCGGUUCCUUUCCGACGAGCCAGCGUGAAUUCCUUUGGAUACGGAGGGUCCAAUGCUCAUGUCAUUGUUGAUGCUGCCAACGGCCUGAGCAAGCAUGUUACAUCCUACUUGACCGAUAGCGAUAAUCUUUUCGGGGAAGAUACAUCUCUGGAAAGACCUUACCUUUUGGUGCUUUCCGCCAAUGAUGAGCAGUCCCUCAAGAAUCAUGUCUCAUCUCUAGACAAGCAUCUCUCGGACCCCUCCGUGGAUGUCAAGAUCAGAGACUUGGCAUACACCCUCUCGGAGCACCGCACGCGCCACUACCACCGAGGGUAUGCUAUUGCGCACAGUACUGACGUCGAGUUUGACGAUGUGAUUAUGGGAGCACCUCGGUCCGAGCCACCCAAGAUAGGCUUCGUCUUCACCGGACAGGGAGCCCAAUGGGUCCAGAUGGGCAAAGAUCUGCUCAACUUCCCUCUAGCCAGAAAGGAGUUAGAAUCUCUUGAUAGCGUUUUGCAAAAAAUGCCAAACCCUCCUCAGUGGUCGAUUAUCGAUAAACUGGUUUCUCCCCUUAGUGCUGAUGAGCUUCGCAGUCCGGAGCUCUCACAGCCCCUUGUAACCGCCCUGCAGCUUGCAAUUCUGGCGCUUUUGAAAGCAGUUGGCAUCUCAUGCAGCUCAGUCGUUGGUCACUCGUCCGGGGAGAUAGCAGGUGCUGUCAUGGCUGGCCGAAUUACCGCUGAUCAAGCUAUUAAGAUUGCUUAUUUCCGCGGAAAGGCUACCUCAAAUGCUAUCUUUUCCACUGCGGUCGGUAUGAUGGCUGCUGGACUUGGGCCUGAGGCGGUGAAGCCAUAUAUUGAAGACACGAGCAUCCAGAUUGCCUGCUUCAAUAGCCCAGAAAGUGUUACACUUUCUGGAGAUAAAUUUGAGCUGCAGUCUAUUGAGCAGAAAAUCAAGGCUGACGGUCACUUUGCUCGUCUACUCCAGGUUGAUGCUGCUUACCACUCAAAGCACAUGAAUGUGGUGGCAGAUGAGUACCUCGAAAUGCUGGAGAGUCACGUUGAUUGGUCGCAAACGAGCCCAAACUUUAAGGCUACGUCUAUGUUCUCGUCUACCUUUGGUAAAGAGGUUGACCAGGACCUUGGUCCGAGCUAUUGGGUUCGCAACAUGGUCUCGCCUGUUCUCUUCAAUCAAGCUGUGCAGCAAAUGAUCUCCCCUUCAGAGGGCGUGGACCUGUUGAUCGAGAUUGGACCCAGCAACGCCCUCUCUGGACCUAUAAAUCAAAUCAAAAAGGCCGUCGCACCUACCACUGAAUACCUGUCUGCCUGGAAACGAGGCCCUGAUGCAAUUAAUACAAUGCUUGGCAUGGUUGGUCAGCUUUUUAUCAUGGGAGUCCCGGUUAAGCUGGCGGAAAUGAACAAGGACACUCAACUUUCUCCUCCUUCAAUGAUCGUUGAUCUUCCCAACUACUCGUGGAACCACUCCACCAAACACUGGCACGAGAGCGAGUCAAGUAGCGAUUGGCGAUUCCGCAAGUUUGUGCAUCACGAUCUCUUGGGCAAUAAGAUUCUCGGCACACCUUGGACACAGCCAACAUGGAAAAAGGUCAUCAAAGUGGAUGACUUGCCGUGGCUGCGAGACCACAAGCUCGGUGACGGAGUAAUUUUCCCUGCCUCUGGAUACAUUGCCAUGGCCAUUGAGGCCAUUUACCAGAAGAGCAGAGCGCUCGGUCGUCUACCUGCGACAGUCAGCGUCGAUCAGGUGUCCUACAAAUUGCGGAACGUGAACUUCUUCCGUGCGUUGCCCGUUGAUGACGAAGAUGGCAACACUAAGAUUAUGCUUGCUCUCAACCCAUGUGCAAGCACACCAGAUACUUGGCAUGAAUUCAGGAUUUCUUCUAUCUCUGGAGAAAUUAUCAAUGAUCAUUGCCAAGGACUUGUCAGUCUAUCCGAGGAGACCACCCAAGUGGGACCCCCAAGCGAACUGCAGCCUCUCCGGCACAGCUCCCCGGCCUCGACCUGGUAUAAGGCAAUGCGAGAUGUAGGAUACAGCUUCGGUCCCAGCUUCCAACAGCAGCUCCAAGUUGAGUCUACCGCUGGACAUCGCUUCAACCGUGCCACAGUCUGUUUGGAGGAGCCAGAGUCCAAAACACGACAAUCUUUGUAUCCGAUGCACCCUGUGAGCAUUGACUCCUGCUUCCAAACAGGUGCAGCGUCUCUUUGGGCCGGCCACCGAAGCUCUGUUACCAGCCUUAUGCUACCGGCUAUGAUCGAUGACUUGACUGUGAUGGCACAAACGUCUCGGCCAGAGGUUGGAUUGGCGGUUGCAGACGCUGAAUUUACUGGCAUUGGACGAGACGAUGACCCUCGUCGAUACAAGUCUAAUGUGAAGGUCUACGACAACGCGAAUGGUAAUCUGCUGUUCCGGCUUUCCGGACUUCACUACCAUGCCCUUGAUGCUAGUGUGGAAAGCCAUGCAGCACACACAUACACAUGCCUUACAUGGCAACCGGAUUUCUCUUUCCUUUCCAAUGAUCAGCUCGCUACCCUACUUGAGGUCCCUGAAUCCGGAAGCAGUACGGAUCGCGCCGUUUCCAAAAUUAGGCAAGCAAUCAAUCUCAUCGCCCAUAAGAAUCCCCGUCUGCGAGUUCUGGAGCUUGACUUGGUUGACAAGGCUGAAAGUGUCUGGGUUGAUCGCAUCAAACCCUUCGUUUCCGAUGUUGCCAAAGAGCUUGAGUAUCAUUUUUCGGUGCCUUCGCAGAAUGCUGUUCUCUCUGCACGGUCAAAAUAUGGAAGCUUCAAGGUGGAUUUUGGGGUCCAUGAAUUGGAUGCGCCGUUUGACACACUGGAAGACAAGGGCGCUUUCGAAUUAAUUAUUCUGAAGGUGUCCCUGUAUCACGCGAACUUGGCUGCGGAUGUGCAGAAAGCACGAGAACACCUUUGCGAGAGAGGAAUCAUCUGUGUUCUGUAUGACACAAGUGCGGUUGGAGGAAGCAUUAUUGACCUCGCCGGAUUGGAAAGACUACCGACUACCCAGCCUCUGCAAGUUGCUGGUGAACUCCAACUCGCCUACUUUGGGUCUGUAUCGGCCAAGGAAAGCUCGCCCUCCACAUCACUUAUUCAUCUUCUGCACUUCAAACCGCCAACUGAACUCAAAUCGAAGGCUAAAGAAUUUCUCUUGAAUGGCGGUUGGGAUGUCAUCGAACAUCCAUUGCCUUUCAACGAGGUGCCUGAAAAUGGAACUGUUGUGGUGUUAGAUGAGAUGGACUCUCCAGUCAUCUCUCAUCUUACGGAUGAUCAAUUUGAGUCUUUCCGCAACCUCAUCGAGCGUCGAUGUCGUCUCCUUUGGGUCACAAGAGGCGCACAAAUGCAGGUGACACACCCUGAGCAUGCGCUUUUCUUCGGUACUGCUCGCUCGCUUUAUGGAGAAGACCCAACCGCUUUAAUCGUGACCCUGGAUGUCGAAAAUGUCGAGGGAGCAAACAGCCUUGGCGCUAUUGACUCCGCGUUGAAGCAUCUCGUUUACGCCGAAACACUCGAGUUCGAUGAUCAUGAGUUCGUUGAGAGGAACGGAUUGAUGUACAUCAGCCGAAUCAUUCCCGACAAGGCGGUUAACCAGGCCGAGAAGGACAAUACUCAAGGACCUGAGCCUCAAACACAGCCCCUUCACAGCCAUCCAUCUACUGUCCGUUUGGUUAGUACGCGUACUGGAACCAUCGAAAGCCUCAAGUACGCAGAGCAGCCCGCAGGUGUAUUUGGAGACCGCGAUGUAGAGAUCGAGGUUCAUGCCGCAGCACUCAACUUCAAGGAUCUGGCGCACGCCUUGGGAUUCGUUGCAUCGAACGAGCGCCGCCUGGGCUUGGAGUGCACCGGAAUUGUCACUCGACGUGGAAAGGACGCGACAUCUGUUUCUGUUGGGGACCGCGUCUUGCUGAUUCGAAAGGACGGCGGUGGUUUCGGCAACCGAGUGACCAGCACAGUGGAGGGUGUUCAGCGGAUUCCUGACUGGAUGUCGUUUGAAGAUGCUUCUACCCUGGGUGUGUGCUUUAUGACUGCCAUCUACAGUCUCAUCGAUCUGGCUAGCACUCAACCGGGUCAGGUCGUUUUGGUUCAUGCGGGCGCAGGAGGUGUGGGAUUGGCAGCUAUCCAGAUCUGUCGCUACCUCCAGGCGGAAGUAUAUGUGACUGUCGGAUCAGAGGAAAAGCGUCGUUUCCUGCGAGAAAACUACGGAAUCCCAGAGGACCACAUGUUCUCAUCCCGAUCAAUCUCCUUCGCCGCAGACCUCAUGCGAGCAACUGACAACCGUGGAGCGGAUGUGAUUCUGAAUUCUCUGACUGGUGAUCUGUUGCAUGAGUCCUGGCGUUGCUUGGCUCCUAACGGGAACUUCAUUGAAAUCGGAAAGAAGGAUCUGCUUGAUCGAAACAACAUCUCUCUGGCGCCUUUCAGCCACAAUGCUUCUUACCGAUCAUUUGAUCUGUCGCUGAAGGCCGUUUCUUUACCCACGUUCGAUCGACUGAUGAAGCAGAUCUUCACCUUCGUCAAUGAUGGUGUUAUCAAGCCACUCCCCAUCUGCAGGACUUUCUCGUUCGCUGAUGUCACAGAUGCUUUCCGUUACAUGCGAGAUGGAAAGCACAUUGGCAAGAUUGUGGUGACUGAUAAGAACCGUGAUGCUGUCCAAGUUCCAAUCAUCCCGGUCCUCCCUGCGAUGCAGCUGAGAGAAGAUGUUUCGUACCUCAUCAGCGGAGGCUUCAAGGGCCUCUGUGGCUCUCUUGCUCUUUACUUGGCCCGCAGCGGAGCAAAGAACAUUGCGGUCAUUUCUCGAAGUGGAUACGAUGAUGAUGCCUCCCAGAGUAUCAUCUACCACCUCCAAGCUAUGGGGGCACACAUAGACCUGAUAACUGGUGACAUCACCAAAGUCGAAGAUGUGCGACGCGCAUUCUCCUCUACCAGGAAACCAAUCGGUGGAAUCAUCCAGGGCGCUAUGGUGUUGCGGGAUAAAAUCUUCCCCAGAAUGACUCCAGAUGAGUUCCGCACGCCAAUUGACCCCAAGGUAACCGGAACCUGGAACCUGCACAACCUAGCUAUCGAGAAAGACCUCAAGCUCGACUUUUUCACACUCCUGUCCAGUGUCAGUGGUGUUGUCGGUCAAAGGGCCCAAGUGAACUACAGUGCCGGCAACGUUUUCCAGGAUUCCUUUGCCGUCUAUCGACGCUCUCUUGGACUUCCAGCAUGCUCUGUCAACUUGGGAGUCAUCGAAGAUGUCGGAUAUUUCACAGACCGUGACCACCUCAGUCGGAGAUUGGAGUCGCAAGGCUGGACCCCUAUCAAUGAAGCCCUUCUGCACAAGAUACUGCGCUUCUCGAUUCUCCAGCAGAGCACCUCGCCGACAAACCCAGAGAGCGCUUCGCAGCUCAUCACGGGUAUCCCUGUCCCCCUCUUUCCAAAUUCGCCUAUGCAGCCGUACCACCGAUGGAGCGCCCUGAGACCGACGGCUGCAGCGACUAAUGCCGGUGGUGACGGUCAAGAACGCCACCUGAGCGCACUUAAGAAUGCAUCCUCGAGUGGCGAAGUGGACCACCCGGCUCUCCUUGCAUCGGCUGUGGAGGUUGUGAAUGCAGUCUUGAUGCGCAGCUUGGGAAUGAAGGAUCCGUUGGAAAUUAGUCGACCUCUGGCCAGUUACGGAAUCGACUCCUUGGUCGCAGUUGAAUUGCGUAACUGGGUGCGAUCAGAGCUUGGAAUUGAAAUUAGCGCGUUGGAUAUUGUGGGCGCAAAGACCUUGGUUUCGCUUUGCGAGGUGAUUCUGAAAAGAUUGUUGGCAUAG